CAGAGAGUGCGAAGAGUGCAAAUCACGUGACGAUCGCCCAACCGUUUGGCUGAAAGAAAGUUGAGUGAGCGAUAGUCGGUUGGCCUAUCAAGAAUUUUAGGCUCGGCCAUGAAUACUAACUAGAUUACGUAACUGGACGCUCCAGGAAGGUUACCAUGCAACGUCAGUCUGCCUAUUAAUAUUAAUAAGUCUAGCGUUCGCCAUAGUAGGAGUCGUAAUUUUGCCUGUGUUGUAGGGUUGCACCCCGUUACACGUCACACGCGCCUUCGUUACAGGGUGAAGAUACAGGCAAUGUCACACAGCCCUCCUCAUCAUCACGACUAAAAAUUCACCGUAUCUUAUAUACAGUUAUUCUUGACAGCAUUUGGAAAAAAUAAUAACUGAAUCGCUCUGGCUGUCGUUUAGAGCUCUGUGCUCUAGUAGGUGCUGUCCAAGGUCCUGAACUUCUCUAGCCCAGCUUCACUCUACUACAUGCUAACAAGCAGCUCCUGACACCCGGCUCCAGCACUCUUUACAUCAACACACAACUUUCAACCAUGGAUGAGGGUUACAGAGAUCGUUCGGCCUUUAUUAAAGGCGCUAAGGACAUUGCCAAAGAAGUCAAAAGGCAUGCAGGUAAAAAGGUGGGCCGCCACGUGGACAAGGUGGCUGAUGAGUACACCAAACGCUCAUAUACUCGCUUCGAAGAGGAAGACGAUGACGACGACUACCCCGUACAGGCCCAGGACGGCAGCUACUACCGCAGCAAUAGCAGGGCCAAUGACGACGAAGGGGCUCACAGUGACUCUACAGAAGGCCACGAUGAGGAUGAUGAGAUCUAUGAGGGCGAGUACCAGGGCAUCCCCAGAAACGACUCAGUGGAAAAGGGUGACAGACAGGUGGACGGAGUGGGACAAUCUCAGUUCCGGGACGUAGCGCAGUAUGAAGGCGAGAGGAGGAAGGACCAGGAGGAGCUGGCACAGCAGUAUGAGACCAUCCUUCAGGAGUGUGGCCACGGCCGCUUCCAGUGGACCCUCUACUUUGUACUGGGUCUGGCUCUGAUGGCUGACGGCGUGGAGAUCUUCGUGGUGGGUUUCGUCCUGCCCAGUGCUGAGAAGGACAUGUGUUUGUCUGAGCCCAACAAAGGGAUGCUGGGUCUAAUUGUGUAUCUGGGUAUGAUGGUGGGUGCCUUUGUGUGGGGAGGUCUGGCUGACAGAAUCGGGCGCAGACAGACUCUUCUGAUCUCUCUCUCCAUCAACAGUGUCUUUGCUUUCUUCUCCUCCUUUGUCCAAGGAUACAGCUCCUUCCUGUUCUGUCGUCUGCUCUCCGGUGUGGGGAUCGGUGGCUCUAUUCCCAUUGUGUUCUCAUAUUACUCUGAGUUUCUGGCUCAAGAGAAGCGUGGUGAGCACUUGAGCUGGCUCUGCAUGUUCUGGAUGAUUGGAGGCAUCUACGCUGCUGCCAUGGCCUGGGCCAUCAUUCCCCACUACGGCUGGAGCUUCCAGAUGGGAUCAGCCUACCAGUUUCAUAGCUGGCGAGUGUUUGUGCUGGUGUGUGCGUUUCCCGCCGUCGCUGCUAUCGCUGCGCUGACCACCAUGCCAGAGAGCCCACGCUUCUUCUUGGAGAACGGGAAACAUGAUGAAGCUUGGAUGAUUCUGAAGCAGGUCCAUGACACCAACAUGAGGGCUAAGGGAUACCCGGAGAGGGUUUUCUCUGUCACCACCAUUAAGACGGUGAAACAGAUGGAUGAGUUGGUUGACAUGGGUGGAGAGGCCACAGCCUGGCACCAGCGCUGGAGGAUCAAGCUGACCAACCUCUUCCACCAGGUGUGGAGCAACUUCUUGACGGUGUUUAAUCCAGAGUACCGGAGGAUCACCUACAUGAUGAUGGCCGUGUGGUUUUCCAUGUCCUUCAGCUACUACGGGUUGACCGUUUGGUUCCCUGACAUGAUCAAAUACCUGCAGAAACAAGAGUACUCCUCACGCACAAAGGUCUUCAUCAAAGAGAAAGUGGAGCAUGUGACCUUUAACUUCACCCUGGAGAACCAGAUCCACCGGAAUGGAGAGUACUUCAACAACAAGUUCUUGAAUCUGAAGAUGAAGUCUAUGGUAUUUGAAGACUCCAUGUUUGAGGAAUGCUACUUUGAGGAUAUCACGUCAAGCAACACCUUCUUCAGAAACUGCACCUUUAUCUCCACCCUUUUCUACAACACCGACCUGUUCAAGUACCGGCUGAUCAACAGCAAACUCAUCAACAGCACCUUUCUGCAUAACAAAGAGGGUUGUAUGCUGGAUUUCAGCGAUGAGAACAACGCCUACAUGAUCUAUUUCGUCAGCUUCCUUGGCACACUUGCUGUCCUGCCUGGGAACAUUGUGUCUGCUUUGCUUAUGGACAAGAUCGGACGUCUAAGAAUGCUGGCGGGCUCCAGUGUGAUUUCCUGCGUCAGCUGCUUCUUCCUGUCAUUUGGAAACAGCGAAUCCGCUAUGAUUGCCUUGCUCUGUCUAUUUGGGGGCAUCAGCAUUGCAUCAUGGAAUGCCCUGGAUGUACUAACGGUGGAGCUGUACCCCUCGGACAAGAGAACUACAGCCUUCGGGUUUCUGAACGCCUUGUGUAAGUUAGCAGCAGUCCUGGGCAUCAGCAUCUUCCAGUCGUUCGUGGGCAUCACUAAAGCGGUGCCCAUCCUCUUCGCGUCGGGGGCUUUGGCGGUCGGAAGCUUCUUGGCUCUCAAGCUCCCCGAGACUCGCGGUCAGGUGCUUCAAUAGUGCGGUAUUCCAGCCAGCGGUUGGCAGCGUUUGAGUAGGGAAUGCCCGACUUUGUCGCCCCCAAACCCCAAACCCAGUCCGUGAGUGAGCAAUGCUGGAAGCAGCCAAAACAAACCCCACAUUUACAGAUAUCUUCAUUCCUCCAAUAUGUGCAAUUGCAUUAUUUCAUUUUAAUUUCAUUUCAUUCAAAUCCACAUGUAUAAAUAUGUUCCCUGCUGAUAUCUCAUUGUCUCACAGGAAUAUUGUGCGUGUGUGUGUGUGU